GAAGAAUCAGUUUUCUAGGGUAGAAAACGGUGUCCUUGUAAGUAUGCUUUUUUGUAUCUGUCCUGUUAAAAUAAAUGUACGUAUAUUUAUAGUCAGAAAGACAGAAAUGACUUUAAAGUUACCUGGAAAAAAACAUUACCAUCGUGUAGUUUAUGACUGAGACUUUAGAAAAUGUGGUCGAGGUUUAGAACAUCCCAUGAGUCAACCGAUGGUUGCUCCCUAAAGGCCUCUUCGGAAUUUUACCUUUUGUCCUCUUUUACAGGAACAGUUUUAUUUCCAGCAUCUUAUAGACUUGACACUUUCUAUCGUUUAAAAUAUUUUUUGCGAUGUAAAUGGUGAAUACACAUGCAGAAAUAACUUCUCGAUUGAUGACAGCUCACUUAGCCUUGUUCGAGCAGGUAAGAGGAAAUUAAUACUCUCUUGCUGUCUUUAUUCCUGUUUGCUCAUCCUACAUGUUGUUUUUACCUCUCCCUUUCUCGUUCAUCCUACCUAUCCCUUCGUUCCUUUUCAUUAUUUCUCGCUUGCUUUAUAUUUCUUCUUUCUCUGAAUCUUUCUAUUUUUUUCUCUUUUUUGUAUCUAUUUUCAUUUUCUUUAUUUCUACUUCUCUUCCGUCAUCUUUUUCGUGCUUACUCCAUUCCUUAUUCUCUCCCAUGAUCUCUUAAUUCAUACAUGUGAUAUUCCCAUUGUAUAUGCAGACUUUUGCAGACUGUUAAGAAGAAAAUACAAAAGAAGAAUGUUUGGAUUAUCUUCUAAUGACACAGUAACGUCUCGAUUACGUUACUGGAGUGUGACGUCGCCAGAGACUCUGGCGUUUGUCUACGUCACUCCUGACGGCCAGCGGUUUGCUUACACAAGGAAGGAGCUGUUCUCUAUGUCACGCAGCCUCUCCCUAGGGAACAGGAAGUCUUGUCUCUCUUGUUAAUAUCUCUUCCAAGAUCACCGGAACAAGAGCGGCCAGUUGGCUUCAUAAGCGAAACGUGUGCAAAAGUGACGUCCUUGUCUGCCUCGUUCCAACAUCACCAGAGCAGAUGCUUAUCGUCUUUGGAACGGCGUUGCUAGGGGCGACAGUGAUCUGUGCAGAGGUGCAGUACCGAGACGGAUCCGACAUUUUGCCCUUGAUGAAAAACGCUGACGUCACGGCCUUAGUUGUGGACGAGACAGAUUAACAAGCCAUCGCCGCCCUACAGACCUUCAUCCCCAACUUGUCUGCUCCAUCGGUCAUCAGCGAAGCUGUUCCGUCGUUGAAAUCUGUUAUCUUCUGUAAUCGCUUCUCACAGUUGUCCUUCUUGGUAGAUGUAGCCGCUGAGGAAGAAGCAGACCUUGCUGACGUCAGUCCUGAUGAUGUUACGACGAUUUUCGCGACCUCUGGUAGCUCAGGGCAACCGAAGCUAGUGGCCAGAACGCACAGGGAGGUGAUGACCAUGGGGCUAAAUUAUUACCAAUGUACCCUCCAGACAGAGUCAGGACUCAAGACAGACGUCCACUACAACUCCUGCUCAUUCGGUUGGUUUACUGGCUAUCCUGCGAUAUAUUUUACGAGCGGGCAGACGAGGGUAGCUACGUACGUUAAAGGAGCUCCCCCAAAAGAUGAGGCCACGUUCUUGAUGGACUUGUUGAAGAAAGAGUCCGUUGACAGCGCAGUAAUAUUUCCGUCAACAAUCAAGACUCUACUGGCACGCGCUGACCUCUUGCAGUGUGACGUCACGUGGCGCUUGCCCUUGAUCCUCACUGGAGGCAGCGCAGUCAAAACAGAUGUUGCCAAUGCCCUUGGAACUUUGACCUCAGAGUUCAGGGUGGUCUACGGAUGCACUGAAGUUGGUUUCGUCUCAUACAAGACCUACAACGACCCCGGCAAGGUGGUCAACUUUAACUGCGGUAAGCCUCUAGACGAAAUGGCAGUGAAAAUUGUCGAUGACAAUUUGAGAGAGGUUCCCCCGAACACCAAAGGGGAGAUAAUGAUCAAGCACAACGGCUUUUUCACCGGGUACCUCAAGCAGCCAGAUCUCACAGCAGACGCCACACCAGAAGACGGGUGGUUCAGACCUCGAGACCUUGCUUACAUCAACAACGAAGGUGACCUCUUUGUUGAGGGGAGACAAUCGGAGAUCAUCGCCAUAGGCAGCUUGAUGAUAUACCCACAGCUGCUGGAGUCCCACCUCAUAAAGUGUCCGGGAGUGCAUGACGUGGCUGUGGUGGCUAUCCCCGACAAGGACUUCGACAACCUUCCGUGUGUGUGCGUCGUGCAGGAUCCCAGACCGGAAGCCCCGCUCUUAGUGCCCGACGAACUCCUUAGAACAUGCGCCGAGUAUUUCCAGGACAGUUUUCUUCAGGUGAACAAGCAGGGAGAACUAGCCGUUCCAAAGGUGUGUCUGGUGUUUGACAAGUUUCCUCUCAAUCCCAAUGGAAAGGUGCAGCGGCGAGCAUUGCGAGCUCUGGCUGUGGACAGACUCGGGCUCGGAAUGACAACGGACUCUUAAAAAAAAACAUCAUCCGAAACAUUUUAAGACACUAAACUGAAUCGGCACGUAGGGAGAUGCUACCAGUGGACGAAGCGCUGAAUGCCGCGAUUGAAAUUCGACUGAUCUUUUAAAAAUUCAAAUGUAUUCACCAACAAUGUUGACAAUUAUCGAAGAUACUCCGUUUUCAAGAGCAUAACUAAAAAGAUUUAAGUGGUGUAAAUUUUAGUAAAGGUUUUAUUUACUGGUAGUAAAAUUAAAUAAAAGAUUGUAACUGUAUUCGACAAACAAUUCAAUAAUCGGAAAAUAGGUCAACCGUUAGAAAAUAAGAAAAAAAGUAUUUACACGAUCUAAACAAACAUACAUUUUAUUAGAAUAUACAUUAGAAUUUAAAUAUUACUGACUGGUUAAAUCUUAUUUUUUGUUGUUGCAGUACAAAACUAUGUUGAAUUCAGUAACCGUUAACUGACUUUAAAAUGAGGCUUGAACACAGAAUCUUUGCCUACUUUCAAACAUAACGAAAUGCUUGAUCGGUUGACUUUUUUUGUUUUGUUUUGUUGUUGUUGUUGUUGUUGUUGUUGUUGUUGUUGUUGUUGCUUUUUUUUGUUUGUUUUUGGUGAAUGUCUAAUAUUUUUAAAGGGAAGUAAUCUAUAGUAGUACAACUGCUAAAGGUUCCAGUACUUGCCUCCCUUAAGUAUUAAUAUAUUUACGCACAGAGCGAUUUGUUCUAAGAAAGAAGAAAGCAGAUAAAGAUGAAAGCUUAAGUGACACGAAUUUUUUUCUUUGUUAAACUUACAUCAAUCUUUCGACUACAUUGCAAAUAAUCUUAUCCAUAUGUAGCGAUAUAAAACAAAAAUGUAAUUAAUUAUAAGGAUUAACUCAUGCGUAUAUGUGAUUUAUUAAACUGGUUAUAAACAUAAAAAUGAAAGCUGUAGAUUCCUGUAACCAAGUAAAAACUAUUCCCCGCCCAACCCAACACAUGUAUUCAUGGAUUCAUGACAUUUUCAUCCUUCUCAUAAUGAUUAUCUUCCUGAGUUA